AUGUAUCAGUGGCGGAAGUUCGAAUUCUUCGAAGAGAAGUACGUUGCAAAAUGCAUGAUUCCAGAGGAACAUGAAGAAGAUGAUACCAGUAAGAGAGAGAAAAAGGAGAGGAGAAUUGCGUGCUGUUCGAGUGGAAGGGGUAAGGUGGUAACUGGUUUUGAUGAUGGCACUGUUUGCUUGUUCGAUCGAGGACUCAAGUUCAAUUAUGCGUUUCAACCUCAUUCUUCUUCGGUUCUCUUUCUUCAACAGCUCAAGCAACGCAACUUCCUGGUAACAAUUGGGGAAGAUGAACAACUUGCUGCCCAGCAAUCAGCUCUGUGUCUGAAGGUUUUUGACUUAGAUAAGAUGCAAUCUGAAAGUACGAGCACGGCGAGUCCGGAUUGUGUUGGGAUAUUGCGUAUAUUCACUAAUCAGUUUCCCGAGGCAACGAUUACAUUUUUUAUUGUCUUAGAGGAAGUGCCUCCUAUACUACUCAUAGCUAUUGGCUUAGACAAUGGUUCUAUUUACUGCAUCAAAGGAGAUAUUGCACGGGAGCGUAUCACCCGUUUCAAGCUUCAGGUGGAAAACCAUUCAGACAAAACUCUUUCCUCAAUCACUGGUCUUGGGUUUAAGGUUGAUGGUCAAUCACUUCAGUUGUUCGCCGUAACCCCAAAUUCCGUGAGCUUGUUUUCAUUGCAUGAUCAACCACCAAGGAGGCAAACCCUUGAUCAGAUUGGAUGUGGAAUAAACAGCGUUGCAAUGAGUGACCGUUCUGAGUUUAUAAUUGGUCGGCCUGAGGCAGUAUACUUUUAUGAAGUUGACGGGCGUGGUCCUUGUUGGGCUUUUGAAGGAGAAAAGAAAUUGGUAGGAUGGUUCCGCGGAUACCUUUUGUGUGUUAUUGCAGAUCAAAGAACAGGAAAACACACUUUCAAUAUCUAUGACCUGAAGAAUCGUUUAAUAGCCCACAGUGCACUGGUUAAAGAUGUUUCUCAUAUGCUCUAUGAGUGGGGUAACAUUAUACUCAUAAUGAAGGAUAAAUCAGCUUUAUCUAUUGGGGAAAAGGAUAUGGAAAGCAAGUUAGACAUGUUAUUCAAGAAAAACCUAUAUACAGUAGCAAUUAAUCUUGUUCAGACUCAACAAGCAGAUGCUGCAGCUACUUCUGAAGUUCUGAGAAAAUAUGGGGAUCACCUAUACAGCAAGCAAGACUAUGAUGAGGCAAUGUCCCAGUACAUACAUACUAUUGGUCACCUUGAACCUUCUUAUGUGAUACAGAAGUUUUUGGAUGCUCAGAGAAUCUACAACCUCACAAAUUACUUGGAAAAGCUACAUGAGAAGGGUCUUGCUUCUAAAGAUCACACCACACUUCUAUUAAACUGUUACACCAAAUUGAAAGAUGUUGAAAAAUUAAAUCUAUUUAUUAAAAGUGAAGAUAGCAUUGGGGAACUUAAGUUCGACGUGGAAACAGCAAUCAGGGUUUGCCGUGCUGCCAAUUACCAUGAGCAUGCAAUGUAUGUUGCAAAGAAAGCAGGGAGGCAUGAAUGGUACUUGAAGAUCUUGCUCGAAGAUCUUGGUAAUUAUGAAGAGGCCUUGGAAUAUAUUUCUAGUCUUGAAUCAAGUCAAGCAGGGAUGACAAUAAAGGAGUAUGGUAAAAUUCUAAUAGAGCACAAGCCACUGGAGACAAUUAAGAUUCUCAUUAGGCUUUGCACAGAUGAGGGUGACAAAAGAGGACAGUCAAAUGGUGUGUAUGUUUCCAUGUUGCCAUCUCCUGUUGAUUUUCUCAGCAUCUUCGUUCAUUACCCUCAUUCCCUUAUGGAUUUUCUUGAAAAAUAUACCAAUAAGGUGAAGGACUCACCUGCUCAGGUGGAGAUUAACAAUACUCUCUUAGAGUUGUAUAUAUCCAAUGAAUUGAACUUUCCUUCUGUAUCACAAUCUAACGAGGGUUCAGAUUUCCUUAAUGGAGCAUCAGAAAAACUUUCAAAUUUAAGUGUCCAAACCAAUGGAACUAUUGCUGAUCACAAAAGUUCAGAAAAGGAUAAGGGUCGUCUUGAAAGGCGUAAAAAGGGUCUAGGCAUGCUUAAGAGUGCAUGGCCGCCAGAGACAGAACAUCCACUUUAUGAUGUUGAUUUAGCCAUUAUACUGUGUGAAAUGAAUGCAUUCAGAGAUGGGCUUUUGUAUUUGUAUGAAAAGAUGAAACUCUAUAAGGAAGUAAUCACUUGCUAUAUGCAAGCGCAUGAUCAUGAGGGAUUAAUUGCGUGCUGCAAAAGACUGGGUGAUUCAGUUAAAGGAGGGGAUCCAUCUCUUUGGGAAGAUGUACUUAAAUAUUUUGGUGAGCUUGGAGAAGAUUGCUCCAAAGAAGUAAAAGAAGUUUUGAAUUACAUUGAGAGGGAUGAUAUUUUGCCCCCCAUAAUUGUUCUUCAAACUCUGUCAAAAAAUCCUUGCCUCACACUUUCUGUGAUCAAGGAUUACAUUGCUCGGAAGCUUGAGCAGGAAUCAAAGAUGAUUGAAGAGGACCGACAAGCUAUUGAUAAAUAUCAGGAAGACACACAGACAAUGAGGAAGGAGAUUCAAGAUCUUAGGACAAAUGCAAGGAUUUUUCAGCUUAGCAAGUGCACGGCAUGCACUUUCACCCUAGAUCUUCCCGCUGUGCACUUCAUGUGCAUGCACUCAUUCCAUUUGCGGUGCCUUGGUGAUAAUGAAAAAGAAUGCCCCGAGUGUGCCCCAGAAUAUAGGUCUGUCUUAGAAAUGAAAAGAAAUUUAGAGCAAAAUUCUAAGGAUCAGGAGAGGUUUUUCCAGCAAGUUAAGAACUCCAAAGAUGGGUUUUCUGUCAUUGCUGAAUAUUUUGGAAAAGGGAUUAUCAGCAAAACAAGCAAUGGAUCCACUUCAGGUCUUAGAUCUGGAAAUGCACCAUCCAGCAGUGGCUUCUGA